UUGACAUCCGGUUUUGAUUCAGAAGGACAGAGUAUCAAGUAAACAAAAUUAGUUGAAUAUAUGGCAAAUAGUUUAAGUGAGAGACGUUUAUAUUGAUAUCAUUUAAUUAUAAUGGAACACGAAGAAGAUGAACAUAAUGAUCGUGUGCCAGAUAAUUGGCUGAAUAGCUUCGAAGAAGAAUGUAUUGAGGAUCUUCAUGGUGAAACCAAUAUGGAGGAAGCUCUUGAAACACAACGAGAGUUAGCUGAACAGAAAUUGUGGUUGCAAUUUCAGAACUCAGCAACAGCUAUUGCUCAGUUGUAUAAAGAUCGACAUCAAGGUCUCUCAUUAUGGGUCCCAUUUCAGAACGCUGCAUCAAAUGUUACAAGUUUGUUCAAAGAUGGUGUAGAUUCACUGCAUACUUGUGUGGACUUGGGUAUACAAAAGGGAAAACAGCACAGAAACAGAGACAUUGUGGCAUGGGUGAAAAAGAAACGUCGUAACAUUCGUAGAGAGGAUCUUUUAGCUUUCUUGUGCGGUAAAAAUCCCCCCGCCAGAAAUAGACAUGCUUCCUCCAUGGUGAGACACUCCCAGUCGUCGAGGUUGUCUGUCGAGAGGACACAUUCACCUCGUUUACAGGGGGCCGAAAAUCUGUCUUCAGGAACCGAACCAGAUCUACAGGCAUUCAGAGAAGCCAUUGCACUCCAAGGUUUAAAUGGUGCAAUGUCCAACAUCAGUGUGGGCUUCAGUAUGCCCCCAGGUGCUACCGCCCCCUCCCAAAUCGGAGCUCUACCCCGGAGUAGUGGCAACAUGGAGGAACUAAACAGAUUUAUUCUAGAUGAAUUUUCUCGUAAUUAUGACUCUACAAGAAAGAGAACGUCCUCCCCAGAUAAUACACCCUUCGAUUCACCAUCCAGGAAGAAAAGCCGGCUGUUUUAAAUGUUGAUUAUGGCUGUUCCUAACAUCAAUUUUCUGUAGAUACCAGAUUAGCUUAUGUUAAAGAAUCCAAGCUGAAUGUGAUAUUUGCUAUAAGAAAAAAUUAUCUGUAUAUCAACAUGAAUACUGUCAAUAGGGAGAAAAGCAUCAUAUUGUGAAAAGAAAAAAUAGUAUAAUUACAAUACAUCUAAAUAUGUUUUUUUUUUUUUUUUUUAAAUAUUAUAGCAUUAUCCAUAUUUAUAAUCCAGUUAUAAAGUUCAUGGUUUACUUUAAAUUAGUUUAUGAUAUAUAGUCUGCCUAGAUUUAUGUUUAAUGUAAAACAGAAAGACCAUUUUUUAUAUGUAUGCUGUAAUGCACAUGCAGAUACAUGUAUAUAACUGAUGUUAACUUUGUUGCUUUGAACACAUGUUGAAGGGGUUUAUCAAUUUGACAGAAAAAAGAAAUCAUAUUACUUACUGUAAAAUCCUACAUUCUUUUAAGAUUUUAUUCCUACUACAUUAAAAAAAAAACAGAAGUAAAUGAAUGUUUGUGGAACAUAAAUAAGAUGAAUCUUUAACAGUAAAAUUUUAAAAACAUUGUAUUAGGAGAGAUGAAAAUAGAAACUGUAUGAGUGUCUUAGUAUGCACACAUGUAUUUACAAAUGUGAUUGAAUGAGAAUGUCAUUUCUGUGUUUUUGCCAUUUGUUUUACUUUGAUUUCAUACAUUGAUGUGUCUGUAACACUACAGAACAGUUAGUCCUCUUUACUGCUUACAUGGGCAUUAUAUCAUUUAAUGUUAUCAAUACAUACAUUUGAUUCAAAGUUGCUAGUUUGCAAUAUAUCAUUGUUCUAUUUUGAAUGUCAUAUCUUCAGAUUCUAAGGGAUGCACAUGCCAAACUUAAAAUUAAUUAAAAACAAAUGUCUAAGAUUAAAUCUCACAGACUAUUUUAUUUGUCUUUAGUUUUAGAAAAGAUAAUUAUAAGAUUUUUAUAUUUUUCCCCUUAGAUAAAGCAUUCAGUUUAAGAUUGCACCAAAGAUGUAUAAAUAUACUUGUGAAAUUACAACAUAUUUUUUUUGUACGUUCUCAAAAAAAUUUAAAUGCUGUUGGGAAUGACAAUCUCAUUGUAAAUGUUUUGAUGUGCAGGUCACUUAAGGAAUAACCGAUCGAAGAUUUAUCAGUAUAUGAAAUUUUGACAGUUAAUAUUGAUUAAUAAUUAGUAAUAGUAGCUAAACCUGUUGUAAUGAAUUUAUAUUUAAAUAUCAGUAUUUAUUUUAGUUUGUGCAGUUUUGAUUGUAAGUAAGAGGGUUGGCCCAACAGAUAAAGAAUACCAGUUUCUUGGGAUUUUUUUUGGUAAAGUUCUGAGUUCUGACCAUCAAAAAGUUUUGCAAUAUUUACAAUGCUUUCAAGGAAAUCCUGUUUCUAUAUAUUAGUGGAAUUUGACAUUCAAAUUCCAGGGAAGUAAAUUUUAAUCUUUCGUUAAUAAUGGGUAACUCUAAGUGUUCUUUUUGUGCUCAAUAUGGAUAGUGUGUUAGUGUGUUGCAAGAGAAAAGAAGAAGAAAAAAACAUUUAUUUCCUUUGUACCAUUUUCCUCUACGUAAGUGAAUCAGCAAAACAACUUUUUUGAUAGUAAUUAUAAUCCUUAGAAAGAGAGAAUGGGUGUGUGUGUGUUGCCAUUUAAAUGUUAUUCUCUUGUUAAGGGCUUUCAGAUUUGUUUCAUGGAAAUAUGAAAGAAAAUACAAAGUGAAAGGUUGACCAUUACCAAUUUGUGAGGAAAAUGUGUUAACUGCUUUAUGCAUUAAAGUUGUUUAUCACAAGAUACAAA